GGCAAACCAACGAAUGUGCAACGUUGACAGAUGACAAAUCAUGACACAUUUACGUGACAGAUAGUGACAACACGUCGAAAAUGGCUGACUCUGGCCCGAGUAAAACCGAUAUUGAAGCAAUUUUCCAAAGAUUACGUUCGAUUCCUUCGAAUAAAGUAUGUUUCGACUGCAACGCAAAGAACCCUACGUGGUCGUCGGUGACGUACGGGGUGUUCAUCUGCCUCGACUGCUCGGCGGUGCACCGCAGCCUCGGCGUGCACCUCACGUUCGUGCGCUCUACGCAGCUCGACACAAACUGGACAUGGAAACAGCUCCGGAACAUGCAGCUUGGCGGGAAUGUGAAUGCAACCCAGUUUUUCCGCACACAUGGGCUCUCCACAGAAGACGCUCGGCAGAAGUACAGUUCUCGUGUGGCACAGAUGUACCGUGACAAACUGAGUGCCAUGUCUGAACAAGCUAUGAAGACAUAUGGUACCAAGCUGCACCUGGACCCCGCGCCGGCGGAGCCCAAGGAGAGCAAGGAGCCAGAGGUAGACUGGUUUGCAGAGCACGGCGAGAGUGCCACUCCCACUAACACUAGCGAGCUUGCCCCCACUGCACAGGUCGGUGCCGGCGUGGGCGGAGCCGGGGCCGCGCUGAGUUCCCAGGCGCGGCUGUGGGCGGCGCCGCAGGGCUCCACCGCGCAGCCCGCGCGCAAGGGGCCCGCUAAAAGGACCGGGUUGGGAGCGCGUAAAGGCGGGCUGGGCGCCACGAAGGUGGCGGCCAACUUCGAGGACAUCGAGCGGGAGGCCAUGAUGGCCGAGAAGCUGAAGGCGGAGGCGGCGGCGGGCGCGGGCGCGGGCGCGCUGGACAGCGCACUGGACAACGCACUGGACAGCGCGCAGCGCGACCUCGCCUCGCUGCGUCUGGCCUACCGCCCCAACUCCGAGCGCCUCGGCAUCGCCAGCGCCAGCGCCAGCGGGCCUACUCGCGCUGGAGUGUCGCACUCGGCCACGUCAGACAUGACGGUCAUAGAACAGGAGGACGCGCCCACUGCGCGUGCGCAGCUCGAUGACAUCGACGACUUCACUUCCUCCUUCACCAUGAUCAGAAACGAGCCCUACGGCAACAGUCGCAACUUGGACAAGCUAUUCGGUGACAGCGACCGCAAGUCUUCGUCGUACGACAACCUGGGCGGCGCCGGAGUCACGCGCAUCUCCCCCGAGCCUUCCAGGCCCGUGCACACCAUGUUCGGGGGCGCCGCCCCCUCCGACGGGGGCGCCGCGCCCGCCGCCGCGCCCUCUCGCAGCCGGGCACGCCGGGCGGAGCCCGAAGACGACUCCGCUGUCAAGAAGUUCGGCUCUGCCAAGGCCAUCAGCUCCGCUCAGUUCUUCGGAGAGCAGGAAGGGCGCUGGGAGCGCGACUCCAACCUGUCGCGGUUCCAGGGCAGCAACAGCAUCUCGUCCGCCGAGUACUUCGGGGGCGAGGCGGGGGGCGCGGGGGCGCGGGGCGCGCGCGCCUUCAGCGUGGGCGCGCCCGACCUGGACGACGUGCGCGAGUCCGUGCGCGCCGGCGUGACGCGCGUGGCGGGACGCCUGUCGUCGCUGGCCAACGGGGUGGUCUCCUCCAUACAGGAGCGCUACGGCUACUGAGCCUGCCGUACUCCGAGCGCCCCACGUGUUUCUGCUUCACUCUAACUUCCCCAUCACAUCAUAAUGAAAAGUUACGACAUGAUGUAUGUUUUCAUUUCAUGACAAUAAGUAGAAACAUUGUAUGCGAGUAUAAUAUAUAACAUAUUCCUCUCCUCGCCGUCACUAGCACCACUUUAUAUAAAUAUGUAUUAAGUCAAUCUUAAUCUUAGGCGGCGACAGCAAAUGUGACGUCGUAUCUGGGACUUUUAGCAACUUUCUAAUUUAGGUAAUUAAUUGUAUAAUUAUGCGCGUUUACUGUAAAUCCAAAGCUAAAUGCGUGCUUUAGUUAAUAAGUAUGGUGCGCACGAGGGGUGAGGGGAGUGUGGUUCAGUGUAAAUAUUGUAUGAUAUAGUAUGUAUGUAUGUAUGUAGCAGCGCCCCGAGCAUUCACCUGUCGCUGAGCUUGUUCCCAUUAGCCAUACAAGUGCCUGCAUCACUGGUACAUCAGCGCUCCGUACUGUACGCACGUCGCUCUGUAACCUUGUUCUUGCUGAAACAAAACCGUUUUCAUACACAACUUUGCAGGUUGAGUGUCCUCGAGGUAACUGUAUGUCUAUAACAUCUCAAUUGACCUGCUUCCAUUUCAAGACUGUAAAAAACCUUUUACUUAAUGUUUUUCUGUUUACAAACCAGAUUCAUGUGUAAAAAUUAUCAUGAGAUGAUAAACUAAAUUUAUUGAAAACAACGGCUCACUCCCGGUAAGUAAAAUAUAUGUUUCAAGUGAGGAGGCCGCCGUUAUUUUCAAUAAAAGUAAAGUCCUGUCUACAUAGUGCUUUAAAAUGAUUUUCUAAUCAAUUCAAAUAUUACUUUAGUGAUUAUACAGUUUCUUGAAGUAAAGCCCAGGUAGUAAGACCAUUGGUCCAAAGAGAAGCUAACUAAAAUUGUAACUUCUGACAUUUUCUUUACUAAAAUCAUAAAAGACUCCUUAUUUCAUAGACUUAAUAAUUAGUAUUGGGUGCCAGGGCACGCUCACGGCUCACUAAACUACAUCGAGUUUUGUACCAUAUAUAGCUGGCCUGUAGAUGCACAUACAUGUUACUCAAUUCCUGUCUCUAGCUAACCAUUUGAUUACAAUCUCGAAUAUUCCUAUAAAACGCAAUAUACAUUUCUUACACCGUUAAACGGGCUUGAUAGAAUUUGAAAGGUGAGUAGAUACAGUAAAGGGGUGGAUACAUAUUGGCAUAUUCCUCUAUUUUAUUUUUAUUCACAAUUCUUAGUCUACUCACGUCUCGCAUUGUGUUCUCAAAUCCGAGUCCCCGGCACUGCACACUACAGACUGGCCCCGCGCUAGUAUGGCUGCAUUCCAGAUAGAUCGUAUGCCGACUGGCGGACACUGCGCUGUACGGUGGUCGGUAUGCUACGACGGAGCAUUUAUCAUUUAUUUAUUAUAUGUAAAAUAAAUGACCAUAGAUAUUUUUAUUUUUAUAAUAAUUUGCUAAGUUGUUGUUGGGAGGACGUAGUAGAUUCUAUUGUUUCGUGUUACGUUCAGGUUUCUGUGGCCAAUGUAAGGAGACGCGCCGUACGCGAGGCCACUGCUCGUCCGCAUGUUCACUGAACAUUUGUAUAGUAAUAACAUUUUCAAUUUAGAUAAUAAUUAUUGAUAUAAAUAUACAUUAUAUUU